AUGGGUAAUGAUGAUGUUUAUAAAACACAAACCAUUCUUAGAAAAGAAGAUUUCAGUGAUAAUGGGCAAGAAGCAGAAAAUAAUAACAAUGAUAGCAAUAUAAUUGAUAUGGAAACUACACCUAGAAGAGCACAAGAUUAUAUUAUUGAUGAUAAUUUUACAUAUAAUCUAUAUAAUAAUGAAUAUGAAAUUUUGGUUAAGGUGAAUGAAAUGGUUGCAACAAUUGAUAAUGAUAUGAAUCAGGCAAGAAAAACUUUACAGGAAUUUUCCAGAGUAAUUAAUAAUACAGAUAGACUAUUGGAUUUAUGGGUAAAUAUAUUAUCACAAAGUAUUUAUAAUCAGCAAUUAAUAUCAAAUAAAUCAUGGCAAGCUGAAAGAUUAAAAAGAUCUGCAGUGGGAAAAUUCUGCUAUAUUUGUAAGAUUGAGAGAUUUUUAGAUUUUUACGUUGCAGAAAUGGAAUGGGGAAUUGAGAUACUUAUCAAUGGGAUUAAAAUGAAAGAGCAUCAUCAACGUUUCCAAGAGGAUAUGAACAAAUACCAAAUAAAAUCACGCCUUCUUAUUGACUUCCGUGAAACAAAAAGAGAUUCAAAUAAAAAAACCAAUAUCAAGUUAAUAGACAAUCUGGAGAAAGAGAAUAUAAAUCAAACGGAAAAUCUUCAGAUUGUUGAAAACAAAGAAUCUUCUGGAUACUCAUCAUCAGAAAAUAUAUUCAUUGUGAUUGUACAAAGGUAUAAAAGAAGAAAAAAAUGUAAUAAUGGUGAAAAUGCUAAUUGA